UGACUGUGACACUUGUGUUCCCCGUGAAGAAGAAGAGCAAUUUGUUGGAAAAAUCGCAAUUCGCAAAUUACAAAAUUAGAUUCGUGCAUCGCAGACAUUCUGGUUACCCCAUUUUGUGGGCCAACCCCGCGGCGUGACCGUGAGCAGUGGUGCAUGCAAAGAUCCACGAGAGUGGCGCCCCCGCAAUCCUCUGCAGCUUGAUAUGAGAGCAGCCAGGCGAAUCGUGCCCAGUUGAUUCCAACCCAGAAGCCAGCAUGUUCCGGAGUCGAAGCUGGUUCGGCGGACCCUGGGGCGGACGGCCCAAGAACCGCCUAUCGCUGGAGCACCUCAAGUACCUGUACAGCAUCCUGGAGAAGAACACCACCGUGUCAGAGAGCAAUCGUGGCCUUCUCGUGGAGUCGUUGCGUUGCAUCGCUGAGAUCCUGAUUUGGGGCGACCAGCAUGACUCCCUGGUGUUUGACUUCUUUCUGGAGAAGAACAUGCUUUCCUACUUCCUGCACAUAAUGCGUCAGAAGAGCGGAGGUUCCAGCUUCGUUUGCGUCCAGCUGCUUCAGACACUCAACAUCCUCUUCGAGAACAUACGCAACGAGACAUCUUUGUAUUAUCUGCUGAGCAAUAACCAUGUCAAUUCCAUCAUGGUGCACAAGUUUGACUUCUCCGACGAGGAUGUAAUGGGCUAUUACAUCCUUUUCCUGAAGACGCUCAGUCUGAAGCUGAACACCCACACGAUACACUUCUUUUACAAUGAGCACACAAAUGAUUUCCCCUUGUACACGGAGGCCAUCAAGUUCUUCAAUCACCCCGAGUCCAUGGUGAGGAUUGCUGUGCGCACCAUUUCCUUAAAUGUCUACAAGGUUCAGAACUCCAGCAUGCUGCGUUUUAUCCGAGACAAAACGGCUGCUCCGUAUUUCAGUAACCUGGUUUGGUUUAUCGGCAAGCAUAUUCUGGAGCUCGAUACAUGUGUGCGCACAGAUAUAGACCAUCAGUCAAAUCAGAAGCUUUCCAACCUGGUCGCUGAGCACCUGGACCACUUACACUAUUUGAGCGACAUCCUUCUGCUGGACAUAAAAGAUCUGAAUGCGGUCCUUACCGAGCAUUUGCUGCAUAAGCUUUUUGUGCCCCUGUACAUAUUCUCACUGACUCCAGCCCCACCCCCGCCAUCUCUAGCGGUGGUUACCCAGAAUUUAGCUGCUGUGCUUAAUCGCAACGUGGACAUCGACAUCCAGGAGAUACACAAUCCGCGAGUGAGCUCUAUCGUGGCCCUUUUCCUGCUCUCAUUGGUCUUUCUGGUGGUUUCUCAUGCUCCGCUAGUUCACGCCCUGGCAUGGGUAGUCCUUAAUGGAGACCACAGCGUCUUUAAGGAGGGCGCGGCUGAGAUUCUCAAUUCAUACGUCGAGCACCGCGAAGUGGUGGUUCCUGGUUUCGGGGAGCCCAACGAGAGCCUCGAACAGGCCCUGGAUACCGUCACAGGCCAGUCCAGCGCCUCCAGCUAUGCCCUCAGCGAGGACAGCGGCGUGGAGUCUUCUUCUCCAGCAGCCACGGAACUGGACUCACAGGCAGAGGCGGUGGAAGCGGAGCAGACAAAGCUGCGUAACAUAACCGACGAGGAAAAGCAGUUGCUGCAAAAGUCGUCCUCGGCGAAGUCCGACUUUACGGAGAUGGCCAAGCCGUUUUUGGACACUGUCCUGCAUGCUUUGGACUGCACCGAGAACGAUUACCUGGCCCUGCUGUCGCUGUGCCUCAUUUAUGCCAUGUCGCACAAUCGUGAUGGCAUUAAGAAUGAGUGGUUCGAUCAGGUUCUGGCCAAGUCAACGCGUGGCGCCUUCAGCUAUAAGACAGCCUUGAUUGAGCAUCUGCUAAGCAUCAUCACACAGUCCAGCCAGCCAUCGUCCCGGAUUCGCUUAAUUACCGUUGAGAUUGCUUUAGAGUUAUUGGUUACCUUUACCCGUCCCAGCUCGGAUGAGACGCGCUGCAUCACCGCCGCCCAGCAGGAUCUGCUCUUCAGUGCCCGCAAUCAGUCAAUGGCGGUACUCCGGAACUUCUACAAGUCGGAGGAUAUCUUUCUUGAUCUGUUUGAAGACGAAUAUAAUGAGAUGCGAAAGGCACAACUGAACGUGGAAUUUCUGUGCAUGGACUCCACCAUUCUACUGCCUCCCACGGGAACGCCCCUCACGGGAAUUAACUUUACGCGACGCCUUCCCUGCGGGGAGGUGGAAAAGGCCCGCCGAGCCAUCCGUGUGUACUUCCUGCUGCGUCGCACGUGCCAAAAGUUUCUGAAUGAGAAGGAGUCCCUGCUGCCGCUGACAAAUGUCGUCAAUCUAGUGCAGGUGGAGAACGUACUUGACCUGAACAAUAGUGACCUGAUUGCCUGCACCGUGGUGGCCAAGGACAGCAGCAAGCAAAGACGCUUCCUGGUCAUUGACGCCCUACAGUUGAUCCUUGUCGAGCCGGAUGCCAAACUGCUAGGCUGGGGGGUGGCUAAGUUUGUGGGCUUUCUACAGGACGUGGAGGUGCAAGGUGAUAAGGACGACUCGCGCUGUUUGCACAUUACCGUGCACCGCGGUGGGGUUACGCACAACCGCACGCCGCUGCUCUCAGCCAAGUUCCUGUUCGACGACCACAUUCGCUGCAUGGCGGCCAAACAGCGCUUGACCAAGGGACGCAGCAAGGCGCGACAGAAGAAGAUGUACCAGAUCGCCCAGCUCAUCGAGAUCCCUGGGCAGAUGGACUCUCCCGUUUUCGCAGUGGGCGGCACCAUGGCGACGUCCAGUGGCGGAGGCAGUGGAAACAGCAGUGGAAGCAGCUCACGUAGCGGUCACCAUCGUCCCAUGUUCUCAACAUCUAAUCGCGUCCCUGGAUUUGCGGCCGUGCUGAGGGGAAACAAUAGCGCCGGUGUCAGUCGUACCCAGAUUGCCCAGAAUCGCUCCAUCGAGGGAAUUAGGAAUGAAAGCGCUGGCCGCUCCCGACGCCGCAGUCCCAGCUCAACUUCGGGCUCGAAUCUGAGGGCAGAUCACUCGGAUCGGGAGCGAUCGCCCAGUAUUAGCAUGGGCAGCCACAGCUCUUCGCAGUCGCGGGAAAACUCCCAGCCCAGAAGUACCGGCAACCGCUCGCGGGAGAGCAGUCCUAGGAUGCCUAGGCCGCGUUCGGAGGAGAUUCCCCUUGAGGAUUUCCAGCACUCGCGCACCAACAGCCCUCACUCGCGGGGCAACCCCUCGCCCGCCUCCCGUUCGCAUACGCCCAUUCGGGUGCUCCACUACGAUCAGUUAUCCGGGCACAACGGAUCGCCGCGUGAUGCGUCCCUUGGGGGCACUAAUGCCCUUCUAGGCCAGCUGAAUGGCCUGCCCCGCGAAGUGCUCCCUGUGCAAAGCUCCGAGGAGACAUCUUUUAUCGGGAGCGACGGAAACGAAGCCACUGGAGGAUCGGAGGGCAGGCGACGGGGAGCCAUCGAGACGGUCUAAAUUAGAUUAGAAAUUCUAGUAUUACAUUGGAGAGGAGGAGCCUUAUGCUUGGAUUGUUGCUAAUUUUGUUAUUCCAAUUGACUAAUAUGGUGGCACAUACUCUAUUUGCUUUUCAUUUUAAAUAAAAGUUAGUUUGACGAAUUUGAAGUUAAGUUA